AGGAACUCAGCGAGGAAAAGCAGAAGACUUCCCUUUUUCGUAUGCAAAAAGGUCCAUGGUGUACAGAUUCUGUUGAGUGCAUUUUGUUGUUUUUAGAAUUGUGGUCGUAAGUAGGGUGAGAUUUCCUUCGGCGACGUCGGCUAGAUCACAGUAAAGACUUUUGCAGAAGCAGACCCGGGGGGCUAGCCUCGGCCGCCCCGGGGGUUGAAAGUAAGAUGACACGGGCGCAAGAAGGAACAGGGGCCCCCGCUCUCUCCCGGACUUCUAAGGUGCACUUGCGACGAGCGCGGUUUGUGUUCUACUUUCCUCUGACAUUUCUUGUUCACCUUCACGGACAAUGUGUGGUGACUUCCGAGAGUCGAUUAGGGACGACGUCGAUCCGGGGGGACGAGAGCACGACGAUGACUGCAGGCGAAAACACAAGUAAUCAUUUUGCCGACCUGGACGCUGUAGAGGACCAAGAGGAUGAAAAAGCGGUUUACAGUACGGAGUCGCGCUACUUCCUUCCGCCCACAAUCGGAGGAACUGGUACAUUUGCACAGCUCGUCGAGGAGGAUGAUCAUAUCCUGGUGUAAAAUCGCGUGUGGCGGGUCGUCCAUCUCUUUCAAAAAAAUCUUAUAUGAAGUAUGCGCAGGAAAGCAUUUUUUUGAUUUUAUUUGUAUCAGUAUUCGGGAAUGUCAAUAGCAAAACUCAAUAGGGAGACUGGACGCGUUGCCGCGUUUUUUACACCGGAUGAUCUUCGAAGGUGUACACCAGCGAACGAGAGGCGCCCUUUUUAGCCGAAGGAUGAGGAGCAGCAUUAUCCUCUGUAAAAACGUAACCGCCCUGGCCCUAGAGUUGUUUUCAUGGGAGUCUACAUCCACACGCAGAAGGUGUUUCGUGCGCAUCCUCAAUAAGACGCGUUUUGUAGUUUUCCUUCGACGAAAUUUGUCAUGCGCUAGUAAACCUGAAAAACCUUCUUGUUCUGAAGAGGUCACGCUAGAUAACUAUGCGACACUGGGGCCCGAGGUCGUCUAGCGGGCCCUAAUUCGAGGACUUGAUGUCUAAGUGGAGUCUCAUCCUGACGGGGAGGUGGGGAGGUCUUUACAUGGGAUUAUGAGCACCAGCUUGACAUUUUUGCCUCUGCAGUUGAACGCCACCAGGUCGACGUUCCCCGGUGCAAAGGAAGGGACAAGCCUGGUUGAGCAGCAGUGGCCGGCUGACGUUGCGGCCGCGAUUGCCAAUAUUGAAGCCGGCGUUGACAAGAAUCUGUACGAGUGGACACAACCCGGGUACUGUGCGUGCCAAGGAAAUUUUUGCCCCACGAAGCUCGAUUUAUCACCCGAAGGCUUCAAUACAUGUCAAGCUAACUGCACAAGUAACGCGGCGUGUAUGGGGUUCGCCUAUUCCAGUAACUGCGAAUAUUAUGUGCAACACACACUUGUCGAUGGCGUGGCGCUGAGGUUCCAUAGCGGCCAGCUAAUAUGCAAAACGAUUAGAACUACGCCCCUGCCGCACAAAACGUUGAAAAAGAUUUCCGAACACGAAUACCACAAGAACGAACGUGCAUCAUUGGAAUCCAAUUCUUGCAAUCCAGAGACAGCUUCACAGGACGAAAACGAAACGCAGAGUAUACUGGGGCUGCAUGUUCUAUAUACUUAGAACGAAACGCAAAUAGUGCAUACAUGGAAAAAAGUUAUCAAGUACAUGCACCUAGAACUUUUGUCCAGUCUCGAUAAAAGAUUUUGGGGCGGGGGCGUGAUUAUGUAAAUUCUAUAGACCCAAUCGGACAAAAUGAACAAGCUCGGCAAAAACGAAGCCGCCGAUAGCCGGAACAGAUUCACUAAAAGCACGUGGUUACCAUUCGGUUGUCUGCGAAAGAAACCAGGCAAGCAUCGGAGCUCUUUCGUGACGCGAUAUCGCUCCCUUUGUUUAAGAGGCAUCUGUGGGUGUGGGCCGUCGACUAUGAGAGUACACAACUCCGCCUCCCUCUCAUUUGAAGGGCACACGCAGCAACACAAGCCCUGGCAUAAGUGCCGCUUUUGCAUAACAAGUUCGAGAUAGAUUCUAUUGCUGUUUCGGCUUCCGGAAUCUGUCAUGCAAGUAGUGCCAGAGAGGAAAGCGUUGGUUUGGUAUUUUGCAUGACAAACGAGGGGGAGGGGGAGUUGUGGAGUGUCAUAUCCACGGUUUGCAAAACCAAGCUUGUGGUCCGAGGGCUGGCGUCGCAGCAGGCUUGUGAACAGAAGUGCGACGCAGCGCAGGACUGUGCGGCGUACAUGUUUGGCUCUGUGUCAGACGCGCAGGGUUCCGAUCCGGGCGCCCCUCUUGAGCCAAAGACGAAUUACAAUGAAAAAAUCGCCGGAACUUGCCGUCUGUUCGAGAACACGCGAGACAGAGAAGGUUUUGCUUACCCGCCCGAUGGUGUGUUCUUGUUUGAUGAAAUUUACGACAACUCAGCCCUUUCUCCUGGAGACCUACGCGAUCCGUCGAAAUGGAGGAGGAGAACUGAUGAAAACGGGACCGUGCUCGUAGACAACGUUGUAUCUGGAGGAAAAACGUCCACGCCCCGUAGUUAAGUCAGAUGGGGAACCUGAUAUGAGGCAUCAUGUUGAGAUUGAGAAGUUUUCUGGAUUCCGCAUCAGAGCAGCAUACUAGUCGUACUUGUCUAGUACUAGAAAACCCGCAGCACAAAUUGGCCCUCUUGUCCUGAUGAGAGCAUGACUAAGUCCAAAUAGAUACCACUUAGGAAAAAUGCUCCUUAUGGAACCAACUGCGCGUGAGAGACGUCCGAGACGUGCGGACUUGCAUGAAAGAUGUGGGGUGAGGACGUUUCCAUAUUGGAUACGUAGAUGAGGCGGAAGAUUUUUUGUGGCUACGCGAGUUCUGCAUGAACAAGAUGGAUACUCGUGUGGCCAAUGCUACACACCAUGGCGGCGGCGUCAUGGCAAACGGAACAGGAGGUUCUGGCAGUGCAGUAUCCGCGUCAGACGAUUCGCUUCUAG